UUUCAUAUACAAUUCUACAAUUAUGGUUUUCUCAAGAUAUUCAAGUUCAAAACAACUUGAUAUUGAAAAUGAAAAAAAAGCUGAUGAAUUAUCAAUAACGAAUCAAUCAUCUUCAGAUGAUCAAGGCUCUUCAACUUCAAUCCAUUCAACCCAUCGUACUUUGAAUUCAAGAACUUUGAAUUUGAUUGCAAUGGGUGGUUCUAUCGGUACCGGGUUAUUUGUUACUAUUUCAACUGGUUUACUAUACGGUGGUCCAUUAGGUUUAUUUCUUUCAUUUUUCAUCUGGACUGGUGUAAUCUUUUGUGUUACUGCUAGUAUUGGUGAAAUGGUUUGUUAUUUACCAAUCACUGCUCCUUUUAUUCAAAUGGCUGGACGUUGUGUUGAUGAAGCUUUUGAAGUUAUUGUGGGUUUCAACUAUUUCAUUAUGAUUAGUGUUUAUAUCCCAUUCGAAAUCACUGCAGUUAACGGUAUGAUUCAUUAUUGGAGAGAUGAUUAUUCACCAGCUAUUACUUUUUGUUUACAAAUUUUCAUUUAUACAAUGUUGAAUUUGUUUGCUGUUAGAGUCUUUGGUGAAUCUGAAUUUUAUUUAACUAUUGGUAAAGUUGCAUUGGCUAUUGGUUUGAUCUUUUUCACAUUUAUCACUAUGGUUGGUGGUAAUCCUCAACAUGAUGCCUUUGGUUUCCGUUAUUGGCAAAAUCCUGGUCCAUUAGUGGAGCAUUUAACUGGUGGUUCAAUGGGUAGAUUCCAUGGGUUCAUGGCUGCUUUAAACAAAGCUUGUUUCACUAUUGUUGGUCCUGAAUACUUGUCAAUGGUUGCAGGUGAAGCUGGUCAAGAAACUAGAAAAGUUUUAGCUGGUACUUUUAGAACUGUUUUCUAUAGAUUGACUGUGUUUUAUAUCCUUGGUGCUUUAUCUGUUGGUAUCUUGGUUGCUUCAAACGAUCCAACUUUACAACACUUGGCUGCUUCUGAUUCUACUUCAAAUGGUUCAUUUUCUCCAUAUAUCAUUGCAAUGAAUAACCUAAAGAUUAAAGUUUUACCUCAUAUUGUUAAUUCCCUUUGUGUCUUGUCAGCUUUCAGUGCAGGUAAUUCAUAUGUCUAUUGUUCUUCAAGAGCUUUAUUAUCAAUUUCUCAAAGAGGUCAUGCUCCAAAAUUCUUUCAAUAUUGUACAAAGAGUGGUGUUCCAAUCUUUUGUAUUGCAGUUUCAUUCAUGUUUUCAUUAUUAUCAUUAUUACAAUUGGGUGAUUCAGCUGCUAAAGUUUUAACCUGGAUUGUUAAUUUGGUCACUGGUGCUCAAAUUACAAAUUAUUUUUUCAUGUGUAUUACUUAUUUGGGUUUCUGGAAUGCUUGCAGAGUUCAAGGUUUGAACAGAUCAAAAUUCCAAUACACUUCAUGGUUCCAACCUUAUACUGCCAUCUUUGCACUUGUCUUGACUGCUUGUAUGGUUGGUGCUAUUGGUUACACUUGUUUUAUGCCUGGUAAAUUUACUGUUCAAGAUUUCUUGACCAAUUAUUUGAUGAUUUUAUUGGAUAUUGUCAUUUACAUUGCUUAUAAAUUGAUCAAAAGAACAAAAUUUGUUAACCCUGCUGAAGCUGAUUUAGUUACUGGUUUAGAAGAAGUUGAACAACAUGAAAUGAAUUAUUUGGAAGAACAAGAAAGAAAAGGAAAACUCAAUAGAGAUGGUUGGAGAUCAAAAGUUUCUGGAUGGAUCUUUUGA